GACCGGCCAACUGUUCGGGUCCAUCGUUGUCCACGGUCAAUAUUAGCGCCAUUGCAACUGCUGGGUGUGGGCGAAUCUGCGCCCCGCCACCGGAACCGAAAAGCAGCACCCUGAAUUUCUCGUCGUUUAAAUCAAGCUUCACUUCCAAUGUUAAUUUCCUGAAGAGAAGAUUCAGCUCGGGAGACUUGUCUUCCGAGGUCGACGAUGUCGAUCCCAAUAGCUUGCCGCCAGCUGCGCGUCCUAUUCAGGACCAGCCAACGAAGCCGCCUGUGGCCGGCGGCCCACCCAACAUGCCGCCGCCGCCGGCACCGGGCCAACUGCCGCCGCAGCCCGCCGGCGCCGCUCCGGAGCUGUCGCUGAGCUUUGGCGCUGGCAAGGCACCGCCGACAGCGGCUCCGGCUCCGCCACGUGGCGUGAGCGCGCCCACCAGCCCGGCCAAGUCGCGCGAGAGUCUCUUGCAGCGCGUGCAGAGCUUGACGGGCGCCGCACGAGAUCAGGGCGCUUCCAUAUUGGGAGCUGCGGUCCAAAGUGCCACCCAGCGGGCGCCCGCCUUCAACAAGGACAGAUAUUUCACGCUGCUGGUGCUGGAUGAUCAGAACACGGACUGGUCCAAGUACUUCCGUGGCCGGCGCUUGCACGGCGACUUCGACAUACGCGUGGAGCAGGCGGAGUUCCGAGACAUCACCGUCGUCUCCAGCGCCGACACCGGACCGGUUGUCACCAUGGCCGCCUAUCGCAGCGGCACCCGGGUUGCCCGGUCAUUUCGGCCGGAUUUCGUGUUGAUACGCCAACCGCCGCGCGAUGGCUCCAGCGACUUCCGCUCGACCAUUUUGGGCCUCAAGUACGGCGGAGUGCCCAGCAUCAACUCUCUGCACUCCAUCUACCAGUUCCAGGAUAAGCCAUGGGUGUUCGCGCAUCUGCUGCAGCUGCAGCGGCGCCUGGGACGCGACGGCUUCCCGCUGAUCGAGCAGACAUUCUUCCCGAAUCCGCGUGAUUUGUUCCAGUUCACGAAGUUCCCCAGCGUGCUGAAGGCUGGACAUUGCCAUGGCGGCGUGGCCACGGCCCGGCUGGAGAACCAGAGCGCCUUGCAAGAUGCCGCGGGACUUGUCAGCGGCGCUGGCAACGAUUCGCAUUGUUAUUGCACCAUCGAGCCCUACAUCGAUGCCAAGUUCAGCGUGCACAUUCAAAAGAUUGGCAACAACUACAAGGCCUUUAUGCGCAAAUCCAUCACUGGCAAUUGGAAGACCAAUCAAGGCUCAGCCAUGCUCGAGCAAAUCACUUUAACCGAGAAGUACAAAACCUGGGUGGAUGAGAUAUCGGAACUGUUUGGCGGCAUGGAGGUGUGCGGCCUUUCCGUGGUGGUGGGCAAGGAUGGGCGCGAGUACAUAAUCAGUGCCUGCGAUAGCACUUUCGCCCUGAUUGGCGACAGCCAGGAGGAGGAUCGCAGGCAGAUAGCUGAUCUGGUGUCUGGACGCAUGCAGAACGUGUGCCGGCCCAGCAUGGCGCAGACGGGUCCUGGCAAGCUGCCGUCGCGCUCUUCGGUCUCCUCGCGCGCCGAGAGUCCCACUGAUGACUUGGCACCGACUCCGCCUCUGCCCGCUGGACCGCGGCCAGCCCCGAUGGGCGGACCACCACCAAUACCGGAGCGCACCUCGCCGGCGGUGGGCUCGAUUGGGCGUUUGAGCAGCCGUAGCAGCAUUUCAGAGCUGCCCGAGGAGCCGUCCUCGUCGGUGCCCAGUUCGGUGGGUGGGGUGCGUCGCGACUCGCAGACGUCGCAGGCGUCGAGCAUCUCGACUGCCUCCAGGGUCGGACAGCGUCCUCCGCAAACUCAGAGCUCCGUCGUCGAGGAUGCGGAGGACACCAUGAAGAAUCUGAGGAAGACCUUCGCGGGGAUAUUUGGCGACAUGUAGGAAAUCGCUAAUAAGAAGCGCGGCAGAACGGCGAGCGAGACUAGCAACAGCAGCGGGCUGGGCAGCGUGCCCAGCAGCGCUGGACCCACCAGCAGCGGAGGCAGUGGCUUCAGCGGCUCCUUUCUGGGUAAGCAGUUCUCGUUCGCCUCGGGCGGCAAGUCCGGCGGUUCGGAUGUGAUCUCCACACAGCCCAGCCGACCGCAGGAGGAGCCAGCAGCAGCAGCUGCAGUAACGGCCGGCUCAGCCGUUAGGCCCGCUGCCAGCGCUUCGGAUAGCGACAAUACUACGGAUAUAACAACAACAACAGCAACAACAACUGCAGGGUAUAAGCCCGUCACCAACUUUGAGCCACAGGAGCGGGUGAAUCCCUUCGACAAGGAGCCACACAAGUCGGUUAGCAUCGCCAGCAUCGGUGCCGCCUCGAACACAACCUCAUCCUCAUCAUCGAUUUCGUCGUCCUCAAUCUCGUCGCGCAUCAAUCGCAAUGGCAACAGCAUCAAGUCGCCGCCACCUCCGGCCGGUCCACCACCACCGCCGCCCAACGUGGCCACCAAUGCCAACAUCAACACGAACACGAACACGAACACGAACAGCUCGAGCGUCAGCGCCAGCGCCUAUCGCAGCAGCUUCAGCAGCACCCUGAGCAAGGACAAGACCAGCUACGGCAACUACGACAGCAACAGUUCCAUUGAGACCAUCACGCGCAUGGACACAAACACCACAAAUACCGCGGCCAUUGACACGGGUGCAGGCGCCGGCGCCGGCGCAAGCGAGGCGAGCGGCAUCACGGCGAUUAGCACCGGAGCCGGGACCGGGGGCACCGCCAACGCCGCCAUCACCAGCUCGGCGUCCAACAACGAUUGGCGCUCGGCCAUUGGGCUGCGCUCGGCCAGCGUCUACAGUGCGCCGGCGGCUGUGACCACAGCCGCUCUGCCGGGCGACACCUCCGGCUACGAUUCGAACUCGCUGGCCUCCCAGGCCGGCUACAACAAUCCCAGCGAUCUGCCCUCGUACACGCGGCCCUCUUACUCCCGCUCCGAGAGCAAUGCCUCGAAGCAAUCGGAUAUGGACAUCAUAUUCGGAGAUGGCAAGCCAACCACAGCCUCCAGCUCGGGCAAUGGCAAAUACACGCGCUCCGGCGGCUCCAUCUCGGAUGCGGACAUGAUCUUCGGCGGACCGCCCUCCCACUACAAGACCGAUCGCUUCGGCGCCUCCAAGAGCAUGAGCAUGAGCUCCAGCGGCGUUGGAGCCUCCAACUCCUACAAGAUAUACGAGGGCAUACAGAAUGCGGCCUUCAGUGACUUUAGCGAUUCGGGCAGCGUGAGCAGCGUGAACUCAACUGGCAGACGCUGGAACGCCAAGCCCGAGGAGGAGGACGAACUGGAUUUGAAAUAAGUCCAGAAAUACACACACACACUCACACUCAUACAGAGACACACACUCGAAUACUUCAUGGAGCAUUCAUAGCAUAUCUCAUUCACAAACACAUUUAAACUAUAGAGAAUCUGUCUUUUUUCUGCCUCCGAAGUUUCCUGGUUUCAUAAGGGAAUGAACAUGCAUUAGCAUCAGCAACAGCAUCAGCAUUAGCAUCUGCAUCAGCAUUAGCAUUAACAUUAUCUAUAUACACAUUGAGUUACUAUAGUUUUCACUAUCGAUACAAGAGUUUUAUGAAUAUGCUACAAUAUCUAUAUGUACAAUCUCCUGUUAUUAUAUAUAUAAAUAAUAUGUAUGCAGUUACUUCUCAUUUGCGAUAUGGUAGCAGGAAAGGAGAACUACUCUCAACUACUCACAAUGUAUAAUUAUAACCACCAAAGUAACAACAAUAAUAAUGCAAGAAUAGACCACACAAAUAUGCGAAACUUCGACGAUGACUUGACUGGUUUUGCAACUGAGAUGGAUGUUAGGGAUAGAGACGCAAGACGUCUGACAUAUAAAUAAACAUUAUUGGGCGGCAGCUUGAAUGAUGGGAGAAUAUUAAUAAUUAUUGAGAACAGUUUUAUGGCAUAUUCAAUGUUGCUAAAUAAAUACUAUAUUCGCAGGCGUAUAUUAAAUGUUUUAACUUGCUAUUGAAUUUAUUCGUAUAAUACUAAAAACCAGAAAAAUAAAAUACAAAUUGUUAUCGAGCGCGAUGAAUAUUAAAUAAAUAAACUACUAAAAGGCACAGAUCGUGAGUUCCGUUGAACUCGAGUGCUUAGAUAAAAGACAAUAUUGAAUGAAAAUGAAACUUCAACUAAUAUAUACUAAAUGUUUACAAUGCAAACGAUGGUUAUUAAUGAAUACUAAUUUCAAAAUAACAACUAUACAUAAUAUAUGAACAUAUAUAUAUAUAUAUAUAAUAUAUGAGCAAAUGUUACAUACACAAAAGCUAAUUACACACAAAUUAAAUGUUUAUAUGCCCACAAAUAUUAUUGUACAACACAUACAUAUACAUACAUGUGUAUGCAUACAUUUAUAUAUGCAUGCAUAUACUAGUAGUUAAUGUUUACACACACAUACAAACGUACUCGCAUAGCUACUCAAACAACAGCGAGCAAAGCAAUGUUAAAUUAAGGUAAAUACGAAACUGAAACAAAAAGUAGAAAAAUGAAUGCAAAUGGGAGAUUGGAGAUUGGAGAGGAUCGAUGCUCAUGCAAUAUGGACUAUUCCCAAUUGUUGGAUGCCACAACGAACAUACAAUAUGAUAGCAGAGAAGCCAACAGAAGUAGCAGACAUAUUGCAUUGAGGAACUAGGUUAAUGCGAAACUUUAGCCGUAAAUAUUAAAUUGAUUUUGUUACGCACAUGUUUAAGCAUUAUUUUAACAAUAGCUAAAUAUAUAUAAAUAUCUAUAUAGAUUGAUUUUGUUGUUACAUAUCGCGAGAAAUAGUUAAACCAACUUUAAGCUUGGGUUGUAUAUUACAAACUUUUAGAAUAUGUAUUUGAAAAGUGACGACCGUUAUCUCAGUUAGUUACGAAAUAUACAAAUCGAACAAUAGAUUCUGUUUUAAUCCCAGCUCCCCUUUUAAUAUAAACUUUACAAUUCAGAAAUAUUUCAAUUACAAAUAUAUAUAUAUAUGUAUAACUCAAAUUUAGUAGUGUUUUACAAAAGUGAAAAGUUUUCGGAAUAUGUAUUACGAAUUUAAUGAAUAAUAUUUACAAAGAGCUCUAUCUUUAUCAUUUGAGUCCUGAGCUUGGUUUGUUCUCAUGGCAUAAUGCAUUUUAAUUAAUGAAUAUCAUUCGAAAAUACACACAUACAUAUGUACAUCAUGGGCCACACAUACAUACAUCAUCAUUUCGAAUCGAAUCCAAUAUCUACAUACAUAUAUUAUACUCAACUGGCACAUAUGAAAUCAUAUACAAUUGUUUUACAAACAUCUAUUUACAAUGGAAGAAGGUUAUAUACCUUCAAGACACACACUCACACACACAUACAGGCUUUAUAUCAUAUAUCAUCACAUCAAACAAUAUCAUGGAGCGCAUCAUGAAAUGCUGAAAUCUAAGACACAAGAAACAUAAAAGCAAAAGCAAAUAAAAUAUUUAAAAUUAUACACGCAUACUUAUACAUAUAUUAAAAUAAAUAAAUACUUCUUUACAUACAUACUACGUGCAGAUGUUGCAAAAUAUACCAAAUAAAUACUCAUACUCGUAUUAUUGUGAAAGUAUAGUAUCUACGCACAUUUAUAUAUACAUAUAUACAUAUAUACAUACAUAUAUACAUUAUGUAUUUGCAUGUUGUCUGUAAUUGCAUAAAAAUCGAAAUUGUAUGAAUAUUCAUAUUUAUAUAUGAAAUUAAAAGUUCUUCUAAAACAGCAACAACAUUUGAGUAACAACAAAUCAACGUUUGUUUCGAAUCUGCAUUAAACACGCAUUCAUACAUACUUAACAAACAACAACAACAACAAGC